CAGCCGAAAGCUGCGCAGCCACGAAGCGGCGGAGAAGCUGCAAAAGGUAAAGCAGAGGCCUGGCACGGUCCAGCGCGGGCGAGGCUCGGGAGUGAUCUCGGAGGGCUGAGCCAGACCGGUUGUGCGGCGGAAGCCAAAAUAGAUGUGAAAAACUAGCCGUGACCGCGCCGUGUACGCAAUAAGCCGUGGGCGUGGGCGCCCGCACGCGGUGAAUAAAACCAGCUGUGACCGCACCCAAGCGGUGUGCAAAGGAAGCCACCGAAGUGACGAGGACCCGCCGUGGGAGAACAGGACCCAAAGAAGGGACACAAGGAUCCGACAUGGACAACCCAAGGACGAGCGACGCACAGCCUCUAGAGGCAAUGGAUGGCACGGAGGGGCCGCCCAGCUCAAGGCAACCACGGUCCACGACCAGCCAACCACCAGCAAGCCACCACUCUCCGACCCCGCAAGCAGAACCGGGCAACACCACGCAGCCUGGACCAUCAACAGGAGCCGUACCACGACCACCCAGGCCACCUAGGCCAUCCCGACGUCGGGCCCGCCCCGAAAGCCCACCGUCGCCCCGCCGGGCGACAACCAUGACCUGGGCAUGGCUCAACGACGUCGUCCAUCCGAACACGUCACGAAACAACCUGGCUGGGAUCAUCACAGUGGAGGCGAUGCGGCCAUCGGACUCAGACGAGGAGGUCCGAGCAGGCCAGGCCCAGCAGGAGCCACCAAGACGCCUACGCCGCCGCAAGCAUCCAGGCCAAGGAACAGGCACCGCCGUCACCCCACGCGCGACUCGAAGACGCGUCGAGCCAGGACACGUCAACCUGGACCCCAACUCCGAGGGGCAGAGCAGCUCCCCAGUCGCGCCCAAACUGCGGCUGCGGUCCCCACCACCACCGCCCUAUUACCUGUACCGCAUGGGAGAACCGCUGACCCCACGGCCGAGCUACGACAGCAGCUCCGACGAAGGGUUCACCAGCCCCACGAUGGAGGCCGACUAGCACUGGGAGCUGCCCCAACUGCUCCAGGAACUCGGCCUGGGGGACGGACCCGUGUCCCCGAUACCCAGGGAUGACGGAGACCAGGAGGUAGUCUGGAUCCUGGGAGGGCAGGAGAACCCAAACGGCCCGAUCCCGGACACCAGCUGGGACGACGGGUGGCACGCCAGACUGCAGGAGUGGGACGCGCAGGAGGAGGCGGCAGCCCCGGAAAGAAGGGAUAAUCCCGAUUGGCAGCCGCUGGACCACGCACCAAUGAAGUGGCUAUCGCCAGUUCCCACCGACCACAACGCCCCGAACCCGGAACCGACGAGCUGCACGGCCCGAGAGGCCGAACCAGGAAACGCGAGGCAACCAAAGGAGGACAGCGACCUGUCAUUGGGUUUGGAAGAGGCAGAGGCGGGCGGACUGCUCACAGCGUUCGACGAGAUGCCCGAGCUAAACACGCUGCAGGAGGAGCAGGAAUGGCCAAUCGCCCCAGUCGCCUGGCGGGUAAGCACGCCUGACCGCCGCAUCCCGCAAAGCCUGUUGGAAGGCGCCAGCGCUCAGGCAAACGCGGCGCGUCACGGGCGCAGCCGGAUCCGCAGCUUACAACACCACGACGGCCAACGCUUCCGCGUAUGCAUCAGCGGGAAUUUGGUGCGCAGUUCACCGCGCCCCACCCCGAAGUAGGAAGGGAGUGUGAAGGCAUAAGCCUCCACAGCACUAACCACGACACCAUCCCCUGGAGGGACCGCCCCGACGGCUGGUUAUCUAAUUUCAUUAUUUCAUUAUCACUUUUUAUCCGAUUCUUAUUACUUCUAUUAUAAUUAGUAUUACUUAGACAACGAACAAUGAAUCCUUAGUUUCCCCAAUUAAAAUAAGAAAUAGGCUAAGAAAACCCCUAAAAUAGUGAGGCGUUUACUUAUUAGCAGCGAAGAGACAACACGAAAGAGAGACGCCUACUACGGCCACGCAGCAAAGAGAGCCGACAUGGAAGAGAAGGAAACGAAGAGACUUGCCGGUCGCUCUUACGCCCACGCAGCCAAAGCAAGAGAGAGAACGGCCGAAGGCAAAGGAAGCGAAGCCGCAGAGAAGCCGCCGAUCGCUCACGCAGCCGAGGCCGACAGCCGAAAGCUGCGCAGCCACGAAGCGGCGGAGAAGCUGCAAAAGGUAAAGCAGAGGCCUGGCACGGUCCUGCGCGGGCGAGGCUCGGGAGUGAUCUCGGAGGGCUGAGCCAGACCGGUUGUGCGGCGGAAGCCAAAAUAGAUGUGAAAAACUAGCCGUGACCGCGCCGUGUACGCAAUAAGCCGUGGGCGUGGGCGCCCGCACGCGGUGAAUAAAACCAGCGGUGACCGCACCCAAGCGGUGUACAAAGGAAGCCACCGAGGUGCCGAGCACCCGCCGUGGGAGAACAGGACCCAAAGAAGGGACACAAGGGUGAGCCACCUCACGUAUGUGAGCUCUGGGGGGGAUAGAUCGGUGCAGUAGGCAGGUAUAAGCAGAACAUUCCCGCAGUUUCUUUACAUAUCUAUGCCCACAUGUUGUUUAUGAUAUUUUUUUUUGUCGUUUAUUUCCCCGCUGCAGGCGCGGGAUUUUAAGUAGGGAAAUGAUCCGAAAACAAUAAAGACACCAGCCUCAACCCAA